AAUUUCUGCUGUCCCUUCUUCCAUUUCUCUCUCUAUUCCAAAUUUCCAUAUUCAACGCCCAUUACACUAGUACAUACAUAUAGUAAGCUGUUCCUAGUAAGCUAGCAGCUGAAGUUUCCGCGCGCGAGUACACUCGCAGUAGAUAUUUGGAUUUGUUUCUCUUGAAAUUGUAGCUGCCAUGGGAAAUUGCUGUUCCGACGAGAGCGGUGGACAUUCGGCAGCUGGCGGUACCGGUGCUUACGUGGCUAAUCCAAACAACGGUCAUAAUGAAGCCGUUGAUGCUCUCCUCAAGUCUCGCGGUUACGACGGCCUCUACUCGCAUGUUGAGUUGUCUCUAUCUGCUACCAGUUUGCAUGAUCGCGAUGUGCUUUCCAAGAGUGAUCCUAUGGUUGUCAUUUAUUCAAAAGGAAGAGAUGGUUCGUUGCAAGAGCUUGCCCGUACUGAAGUAAUUCUGAACUCAUUGAAUCCCAAGUGGAUUACGAAGUAUACUAUUGCCUAUCAUUUUGAGACGGUGCAGAAUUUGGUGUUUCGUGUCUAUGAUGUUGACACUCAUUUUCACAAUCAAGAUGUCAAGAUGAUUAAACUGGAGGAGCAGCACUUUCUUGGUGAGGCUAGUUGCACAUUAUCUGAGAUUGUUACAAAGUCGAACAAGUCCCUCACCUUAGACCUGAUACGAGAAGAACAAUCUUCUGGUCCAGCGCAGACCCAAACUUCUGGGAAGCUUACUGUUUGUGCUGAAGAAAGUGUUGCCUCAAAGACUACUGUAGAGUUGAAACUGAGAUGUUCAGAAUUAGUGUCCAAGGAUUUGUUUUCAAAAAGUGAUCCGUUUUUGGUGAUAUCCAAAUUUACUGAGAGUGGAAUGGUGGUUCCAAUUUGCAAAACAGAAGUUAUAAAAGAUGAUCACAAUCCAAAUUGGAAACCAGUUUCAGUGAAUAUUCAACAAGUUGGAAGUAAGGACAGUCCACUGACUAUUGAGUGUUAUGAUUUCAAUACAAACGGAAAGCACGAUUUAAUUGGAAAGGUUCAGAAAUCACUAGCAGAUUUAGAAAUGUUGCACUCGACUGGUUCGUCCGCAAAUCUUUUCAUACCAGCUACUGUGGGACCAAAUUCGCAAAACAAGGUCCUAAAGAGUCAGCUUUUUGUGGAUAUCUUCUUCGAGAAAACCCAGCAUACAUUCCUCGAUUACUUGGCAUGCGGCUAUGAACUUAACUUCAUGGUGGCCAUCGACUUUACUGCUUCUAAUGGGAAUCCACGCUUACCUGAUUCAUUGCAUUAUAUCGAUCCUUCAGGACGGCCAAAUGCUUAUCAGAAAGCAAUCUUGGAAGUUGGAGAGGUCUUGCAUUUUUACGAUAAAGACCAACAUUAUCCUGCCUGGGGGUUCGGAGCACGGCCAAUUGAUGGCCCUGUGUCUCAUUGCUUCAAUCUAAAUGGCAGCAGUGACUACUGUGAGGUGCAAGGAAUCCAGGGUAUCAUGACGGCAUACAUGAGUGCCCUUUUUAAUGUUUCGCUUGCAGGACCAACUAUAUUCGGACCAGUGAUUACGUCAGCUGCAGAUAUAGCAAAUAAGUCUUUGAUGAAGGGCGAGCGGAAGUAUUUCAUUUUGUUAAUAAUCACGGAUGGAGUGAUAACAGAUCUGCAAGAAACAAUGGAUGCCCUUGUUCAUGCUGCGGAUUUGCCAUUGUCAAUUCUUAUUGUUGGGGUUGGAGGAGCUGAUUACAAGGAAAUGGAGAUUUUAGAUGCUGAUAAAGAGAGGCUUGAAUCAACACGUGGACAUGUUGCAGUGCGUGACAUAGUCCAAUUUGUUCCAUUCCGGGAUGUACAAAGUGGAGAUGCCUCGGUCCUUCAAUCACUUUUAGCUGAAUUACCUUCCCAGUUUUUGGAAUACAUGCGGCUCAAAAGGAUCCAGCCAACUUUAUGAUCAUACAAGAAUUGUACAUACAAAUAUUGAUUCGUGCAUUGCUCCGUUAUAAUUGCCAUUUUCGAGCUUUUUUCCCACGUUGCCAAUAGUUUUACUUUAGGGUGUCUGAUUACGUCUUUUUUUUUUCAUAUUGCCCAGAAGCUUGUAUAAUUUAUUACGUUUCUUUAUAAUCAUGUUUUUGUUGAUUUUGUCGGUAAAAUUUUCAUAUGGAAGUUCACUAUUGUACUGAUCGAGUAAAUUCAAUCUCGUUAGGAUGAGAGGACUCUGCAAUUACUUCA